UGGUUAGCGAUGGUAGAACCUACACAAGAAGUGGCUACCACUACACCAGUGAAAGAAAAAAGACGGUUCGUGGGGCGGAAAGCGACUCCUGCCGAUGGCAAGUCGUUGGUAAAGACCAGCCGCUCCAAGGUUAUCUCCCGUGUCAUGAACCAGAUUCCUGAAGAUAUCUUGAACAACAAGGACCUCAAUCAGGCCAUCAAGUUACUCCCAUCCAACUACAACUUCGAAAUCCACAAAACCGUGUGGAACAUCCGUAAGAACAAUGCCAAGCGCGUGGCCCUCCAGCUUCCCGAAGGUCUUUUGAUAUAUUCCUUGGUGAUAUCAGAUAUCCUAGAGCAAUUUUGUGAGGUGGAGACGGUGGUCAUGGGGGAUGUCACUUACGGAGCAUGUUGCAUCGAUGACUACACCGCCAAAGCUCUCGAUUGCGACUUUAUCGUGCACUAUGCUCACUCAUGCUUGGUGCCCGUCGAUGUGACCAGCAUCAAAGUGUUGUACAUAUUUGUCACUAUCCACAUUGAUGAGAAACACUUGAUCAACACCAUAAAGUUAAACUUUACUGCUGGAACCAACUUGGCGGUAUUUGGUACCAUCCAGUUCAAUCCUACUAUUCACAGCGUCAAGGCCAAGCUCGAACAUGACGAAGAGCACCCGGUGUACUUGAUUCCUCCUCAACUAAAACCACUCUCCAAAGGUGAGGUGUUAGGAUGUACGUCUCAACGACUCGAUAAGAACCACAUCCAGGGUAUGGUUUAUGUUGGGGAUGGCCGGUUCCAUCUCGAAAGCUCGAUGAUACACAAUCCCGACAUCCCUGCGUUUAGGUACGAUCCUUAUUCACGAAAGUUCACCCGAGAAUACUACGACCAGGAACAGAUGGUGCAAGUGAGAGAAGACGCUAUCACCGUCGCCAAAAACGCAAAGACCGUGGGUCUCAUUCUUGGAGGGCUUGGACGGCAGGGAAACCCGGUGACGGUGGGAAACUUGGAAGUUAAGCUUGUACAAUAUGGAUAUAAGGUGGUGAGAAUUAUUCUCAGUGAGAUCUUUCCGCAGAAAUUGGCCAUGUUCAACGACAUCGAUGCAUUUAUUCAGGUGGCUUGUCCUAGGUUAUCUAUUGAUUGGGGUUAUGCCUUCAACAAGCCAUUAUUGACACCGUACGAAGCAAUGGUGAUGAUGGAGGCCGAUAAGAAAUGGGAUACCUUUUACCCCAUGGACUAUUAUGCAUUGGACGGAUAUGGACGGGGAAAGCAGCCAGCUCGUUCGUAGCCGGUAAGUAUUUAUAUAGUGAUUAUAAUAAUGAUGAUCCUAGGGUAUAAACUUGAUAAGCACUGGCUUACGCUAAAGAUCCAUGUUCAAGUGCUUCUUGAUCUCACCAUAUGCGUCUUCGACCCCUAAAAGAGUAGCUGCCUCUGUGUCAGACCAUAUGAGUUUCUUGUCCAAGUACUGUUCGAUUAUCAAGUUGAACUUUAGGUAGAACUUGACGAAUGAUAACGACAAAUUCUCGCCAAUAUCAUUCGAUAUAAGCGGAUUGUUGAGUUUAAGAAGGUUGUUUUGGAUGUCUAUCACAGCUGUUGGUAAAUAUUCCGAUAAAGAAUCGUUGAUCAAGUUUAUACUCUGGGCAUUGAACGUAUUAUUUUCGGAAAUGGGUUCAUAGAUAGAAACGUCAAAAAAACUGUCAUCAAACGGUAGAAUCAUGUUGAUAAUGUUGUGGAAAUCGUACAUCUUGCACAUCUUCAAAAGCGAGUCGAGCUGCUGGGAAAUAGCCUGUUCUUUUAAUGAUUCAAUGAGAUCAUUAAGUUCGAUUACCAUGUCGUUGAACACAUUGAUGGGAAGGAUCUUGGAUAGUAUCAAAUCAAUGGAGUUCAACCUCAAAAUGAUUUUCUCCAACAGGCCAAACUCUUUCAUUUUAAUAUGCUGGUUAAGAAUGUCUAUUGGUUCAUUGACAAUGGAACUGAGAAACAUAGCUUGCCUUUCCUCAUCCAAACCAAACACCGAAUCAAAGGUAGUAUUCGACUGCUCCACAAUGGGAAGUACAUCUGAGUAAAAGUCUAUGAUCCACUCAGGAGGCUGAAGGUCUGAGUUCAAGUCUAACUGGGCCAGAUUGCUGGUCUUGAUUGAUUUGAGGUUAUUAUGGGUAAGGUCAAAAAGUCUCAACUGAGUGAACGAAAUCAAUUCUCGAAUGGUUCUGGUCAAUGAAUUGGAGUUUGUGAAGUUCUUUUCGAACAUAAGC